GACGACUCGUGAGCGUCACACCCUCGGAGGUUUAGUCCCGCGCUCAACGUGUGGUAUGUUUCAAGGUCAUCGUAAUUAAGCACCAUAAGACCGCCCCAACAGACCGCCGCCAUGACAACGCUGUCAUCUUUAGGCUUGCAGAUUUUUCUGUUGUCAAAUUUGACUAACGCGACAUUGAGUCCUUUCGACUCCGAGAGGCUAAAUACAGCCAUCAUGCGACUGUCCGGCAACUGUACGUCAACGUUUGUCCGGCUUGACCAGUACGACAGAGUGGAGCUGACAUCCAACAUCUGGACCAUGAUGGACUCCGUCAUUCAGGCCAACAGCACCUGCACUGCCCACUUCAUGACCGGAGACCCAGACCAAGGAAUCUGUGUCCACGCCAACGACCUGUUCUUCAAGAGACCAACACCUGGAAUCCAGAUCAAAAUUUUCACCUCCAAAGUUGGCCCUGACAAGCAAUUCAACUACCAUCACUCCAAGUUCCGCCACUGGUGUACGACCAAGCCCCUCAUCUCCGUCGAGCUGACGACGGCACGUGACUUCCACGACCAAAAUGGCGAGUACCGCUACAGCUUCCUCAUCAGCAACGUGUCCAAGGAGCACAUCAUCACCAACUACCACCUAGACACAUACACCCAAUGUGACCUGGCCCAGCUUAUCAAAUCAGGAAAGGAGAUCCGCAUCACUGGUCAGCGCUACCCCACCCCUGACCAUCUACCACUGAACUGUAAGCUGACCUUAAGCACCGAUUCCAAAGAGGAGUACGAAGAACUGUGUGUGCAAGUGGACGACUAUGACGUCACACACAACUGCAUGUCCAAGCUGGUCGUUGAGGGCUUCAAUCAGAAAUUUUGGCCAGCCGUAGAUGUGCUGGGCUGCAAUGACUCCCACUCCGCCCUGAAGACAGGCAGAGAGAUGUGCUCGUCUGCUAAACAGCUGACCCUGCUCAUGUCUAGGACCAGUCCCUCGGACACUGGCAUGAGGUUCUCGGCCGUCGUCAAGGUCAAGCGGCAUCCAUACUGGGAGGUCGUCUCCCAAGAGAACUAUGAACUGCGAGGUCUGAGCUUUGUGAAAGGUCUGACCUUCUUCAUCGCGGCCAUCAACUCUCUGGCGGGGAUAGGGGCCGCCGUGCUGGCCUCCAUGUUCAGGAACCCCAGAUCUUUCUGGAAGGACUGGGCUGAAUCGAUGAACACUGCGAACCACUGUGUGCCCGUGCACUAUGAAGGUAAUUGCCCAGAAGUAUCCUGUAGCCAGGUCGAAGAAUCGAUCCCGUCCAAAUCCUACUAGCUCUGGCAUCGGAGGCUACCUUGAACUUGGUGGCUAUCUUGACAUUGGUGGCUACCUUGACAUUAGUGGCAACCUGGCAUUGGUCGCUACCUGGCAUAGGUCGCUACCUGGCAUAGGUCGCUACCUGCCAGUAUUAUAUGUCCAGCUGUCUCUUGUAGCCACUCCACGGUUUAAGUCGCGGUAUCCUGUAUGACUGCCAGUGGACAGUAGCCAUAAUGUCCAAUUUUUAUUACAUAACACUUUUUAUACAUAAUGGUAGUAUGUGUUAAAUUAUUUCAUCAGUGUAAAUGUUAACAUCAAAUUAAAAUGUGAACAGUAAACUAAAGUUGAUAUUAACAUCAUUUGAAACCAACGGUGGCAGUAGCUAAGCUGCGGUGAUUGUUGUACUGUUACAUCUUGAUGUGAUACAUGUUUUAAUUUACUACAAUUCGUGUUUGUUGUAUUUUACAUUAAUGACGCAGCGUCGAGCCACGUCAUUCGACCACCCCCUUUUUAAAUGUGUCUCAUGUAAUGUUAACUAUACACGUAUCUGUAUAGUGGUAAGAUUUUUUUAUACCUUUAUUGACAACCUAUACUGAACAUCUAUAUUCAGAGGCGUAGUGAGGGGGGGGGCGGGGGUUGCGGACCGAACCGGGUGAUA